CGUUCAUUCUCCUAAAAAAUGGGCUUAAAACUCUCACAAAUCUUCCGAAUUUCCCUCAUUUUUGGCAUUUUUCACGUCUCUCGUAGCCAAGAAGACGUUCAAAGACACAACAGAGUCAAAAUCGAACGUCUCCCAUAUCCGCACGAGAAUUACCUGCUCGGCGUUUACGAAAAUCCGCCAUUAGCUAACGCGACUUGCAGCUGCAACACUGAAAAUUUCGAGUUCCCGCUUUGUGGCCCGAGUUACGGCGAUGGAUGCGGAAUCAAACUUUUUGGACGUCCGCCAUGUGCUGCCAACGCGAAAUGCGUUCCGGGAUGUUUUUGUGACAAUUUGCGCGGAUAUUACCGACAUCCGAUGACGUUGCAGUGCGUAAAGGCGCACGAGUGUCCGCGAAACUUUAAUUACUUCAAUUGUGCCGGCGAGCACGAGGAAUAUCGCUUGGGUGACGACAGUUGCAAGGAUUCGUGCGAUUUUCACACCGGAAGUCGAAAAUGCGACGUGGAUCAAUGCGUGGCGGGAUGUUUCUGCAAAAAAGGCUACGCGAGGAGCAAAACGCAGGGAAAUCAGUGUGUUCCGGUUUUCGAUUGCCCCAACGUUGAUUUGAACGAACUCAAUAAAUGUCCUUCGGGCACCAAGUUGAACGGAGAAACGUGAGGUUCGUUAAAAAGUUUCAGAUUUCGUCUGAAAA